AUGGCAUCGGACAGAAAAAAAGAUGCCGAUUCGGGCAUUGAGGUGACCUCGAGAUCAGGCAGCAAAGGGGGCCUUCGGUUGGAUGGACGAGAGCCCAGUCUCCAGGCUGCGAUAAAAGCACUACCAGGAGCCCUGGCCGGGAAGCCCCUCAAGAAGCACGGGGUGACCACCCGGCAGCUGGUGGACAAGGUCCCCGAAGGAUGCAGCCUGCCAGACUUCGAGCAGAAGCCGGUCACCAUGGCGCUGGCGGAGGGGAGAAACGCCAUCCUCCGGGCUGUGGUCUGUGGGGAGCCCAGGCCUGAGGUGCGCUGGCAGAGCAGCAAGGGGGACCUCAGUAACUCCAGCAAGUACCAGAUCUUCUCCGCCCCUGGCAGCAAGGAGCACGCACUGCAGAUCAACAAGCUGACAGGCGAGGACACGGACCAGUACCGCUGCUGGGCAGUGAACCUGUACGGAGAGGCCGUGUGCUCGGCGAGGCUCACCGUCAUCGAAGUCGGCUUUAGGAAGAAACGGAAAAGGAACACGGAGCCCCAGGAGGACCUCAGUAAGGAGCUGAUGGACUUACGGAAGAUGCUGAAGAAGAGGGCCCCGCCCCCCAAGAAAAAGAUGGACCCGGAGCAGGUGUGGCAGCUGCUGAUGACGGCCGACCGGAAGGACUACGAGAGGCUGUGCAUGAAGUACGGCAUCGCCGACUUCCGCGGGAUGCUGCGCAAGCUGGAGAGGAUGCGGCGGGAGCGGGAGGACAGGAUGGCCCAGUACAUCCACAGCGUCUCCAACACGAAACACAUCAAGGUCACCAAGGAGGGCGUCGCAUUCUUUGAACUGGAUCUGGACCUCAAGGAUCCUGAGAGCAAUGUCUACCUGUACAAGGAUGGUGAGAUGGUCCCCUACAGCUCCGACAGCCAAGCCAAGCGCAGUGUGCGGCGGCUGGGGAAACACUAUCACUUCCAGAUCCAGGACCUGUGGCCCGAGGACGCCGGCAUCUACCAGGUCAGGGUAGAGGAAGCCGAGGUCUUCUCCACAGAGCUGGAGGCCAGCGCCAUCCCGCCCAGAGUGGUGGUGCCGCUGUGCGAGGCCCGCUGCGAAGAGCAGGCUGACGCGGCCUUCGAGUGCGUGCUCUCCAACCCCUGCCCCAACGCCACCUGGCAUUUCAAGCACCGGCCUCUCCAGCCCAGCGACAAAUACGAAGUGUCCAUGUCCCCCGAUGGGCUGACCCACCAGCUGGUGGUGAAGGGCGCCCGGCUCUCAGACAUGGGGCCCUACUCCCUGGACACCGGGCUCCACAUCUCCAGCGCCUGGCUGGUGGUGGAAACUGGGCAGGACAAAGGCCUUCUGACCACAAAUGCUGACCACCAAGUCCAGGUGCCAGGAGCCCCAACCUCAGAAGCAGAAGAGGCCAGGGGUGCCAGCAGCAAGUGGAGUCAACGCAGACAGCAGGGCCCCACAGGGGACGCCCUCGAGGGGGCCAGGCCGGCUUCUGGGCUCCAGCUCACAGCCAGCCCAGACAGAGGUGGCCUUGGUGGGCAUGGCUACUCCCUGACGGGGCACGAGGGGGCCACUGAUGCAGCCUGGGGCCCUGGGCAGGCAAGAAAGGGCUUGCUGGAAGCAGACGGAGACACAGCCACUCUGCCUGAGGACAACCAGCUCCACAGAGAGGGGGACUGGGACACGAGCCUUCCGGGGAGGCCUCAUGCACAGGGAGAGGGUGCAGGAUCAGGGCUGGGCCUCACAGAAAGUCACCAGCCCGAUGGCGGCAGGGAUAGUGAUGGGGACAGACGUGGCAGGCCAGCAGGGGCCUGGGAGGCUGGGUCCCAGCACCCCGUGGUUGGAGGAUUGGUGGGCAGUGGGGAAGGACAGGAGCACAGAGGGGACAAUGGGAGUCAGCUGGACAGGUACAGCCAGGAUCAACUCUGGGGGGCUCAGCUGGGAGAUGGGACAGGAAUGAGGGCCCUGCAGGGGUUGCAAGCUGGUCCUGCAGGGUUUGGGUCAGAAGGGGAAUCGCUGGAGAAGUCACUUCAGGGGAGCCUGGGUCAAGUGGGGCGAGGGGAUGGUCUGAGCCAGGACAGGGGGAGCGGAGCAGCAUGGGGCGCCUGGGGCAGUGGGGCUGGCCUGGGGGAGUCUGGGGACAGCAGUGUGGCAGGGGUUUCUGGUGCCCUGGAGUCUCCUGAAGGAAGGGGAUCCAGCUCCGAGGCAGGCAGGAGUCCUGAGAUCUGGGGCUCUCAGGGACGAGGCGAUGAUGACCAUGGGGACACAAGGGGCUUCAGGGGGCCAGGGCAGUCUCCAGGACAGACACCUGCAGGCAAGUCCUUCGGGGACCCUUCGAUAUCUGGUGGCCGAGAACUCCUGCUGGGGCACGGAGGUCCUGAGGGUUCAAGGCAGGAGGCAGGUGAUCGGGGCCCAGGGGAGUCUGGAGGUAAGGGAGGGAGCUACAAAACUAGCCCUGGGGGCCCAGGAGGUCCUGGGGGUUGGGGAAGAGAGGGCCAGGGGACAGUGAGGGCCUUGGGUGAGGCAGGGGAUGGCAGAAGCCUCCAGUAUUCCCAAGGGGGGACAGCAGGUCAGAGGGGAGCAGGGGAGGCUGGCAGAAUGGAGGCUGGAAGCACAGGGCCUUGGGAUGACGCAGGGUCCAGCCUCAGGCCAGCCGGGGCCCACCCUGGGCCUGGAGAGCUGGGGUUUGGAGGAGGGAGAGGGGGUGCGGGUGGUACCCAGGUGCCUGGACUGAUAGGGUCUGGUCAAGGAGGGGAUGCCAGCAGCCACAGGCUAAUUGGGGCUCCAGGCCAGGGUGCUCAGGGGCCCUGGGGGACACAGGGAGGUGUGGAUGGAGCAGGAGGCCCAGGGGCCACGGGGUCUGGGUCAGAUUUCUGGAAUGGGACAGUGAACUCCAGAGAAGGACAACCUGGAGGCGAAACAGGCCGUGAGGCUGGCUUAGUGGGAUCCAGGUACGGCGAAGGCUCAGGGUAUUUAAGGGGAAUAGGUCCUGAAAGUGGGGUUGGUUAUGGUGAUGGCUCAGGGGCGCCGGGAGACAAGGGCUCUGCUCGUAGCACUGGGGCACCUGGGGGAGCAGGGUCUGAGGAGGGGGCUGCUUACAGGGACAGCUCACGGGUGCCUGGGGCAUUAUGGUCUGAAAACCAAGAUGGUCAUGGUCCUGGAAGGAGGGGAACUGAGACACCUGCAGGUCUCAAGAGUGGCACAGGUGGCCCUGAGGGAGGGCUCGUGAAUGAGGCCGGGAUGGGCCCGGAAACCUGGGACACAUCCAGAGGCCGGGGAAAUGCCGGCCCUGGGGGAGGGCAUCUUUCCAACAGUGGCCUGGGGAGUCCAGGGACAGUGGGGUCUGGGGGUAAAGGUGGCCUUGGGCCCUCUGCAACAGUGGGGGCUGUAGGGGAGGGACAUGUGGGAGCAGAGCCAGGGGGCUCUGGGAGAAUCCAGCCUUGGGGUUCAACUGGAGAUGGUGGGGGCUUUGGAGCCCCGGGGGCAAAGGGGGCCUUUGGGGAAGGAGGCUGUGAAGAUGGCUCUGGGGGUCUGGGAGCCGCGAAGCCAGACUCUCUGAGGGCAGGGGGCAAAGCGAGUGAUCAGGAUGGGACCAGGGGCCCUGGUGCUGGGGCCCCCAGAGCUGGGUGGGAGGAGUCGAGGAGCCCCAAGGCACAGGCUCCUGAUGCUGGGGCCGGUUCCAAUAGCCAGCGGUCUUGUGGGUCUGGCAGUGAGCUGGGUUUGGGGGAUGGAGCUGGAAUCCCAGGGUCUCAGCUAAUUGGAGGUAAAACAGCUUCUGGAGGAGUGUCAAGGGGUCUCGGGCCUGGGGGGAUGGGGCCCGAGGGUGAGGCGGGCCUUAGGGAUGGUUUGGGGGGCCUGGGAGGGAUGGGGUCAGGGAGUGAGGCAGGUCAUAGGAAAGAUUUGGGGGCUCCUGAGGGAAUAGGGUCAGGGGCUCAGACAGGUCACAGGGAUGCUUUGGGAGGUUCUGGGGGAAUGGGUUCAGGUCGCAGGGGAGGGUCUGGGGACAUCGGACCAGAGGGUGAGAAGGGCUAUGGAGAUGGUUCCGGGAGCUGUGGGGUAGCAGGCUCUCUGGCCUCAGUGGGACAAGAGGGUGGACCCCGAGGCCGAGAAGCCGAGGGACACGGCUCAGGGUACGGGGCAGCGUCAGAGGGGUCUUAUGGUGGCACUAGCUCCAAGAGGGGCAGGGGACCAGGGCUGGUAAACGGGGCUGGUCCUGGGGAGGGCUCUGGGAUGCCCGGAGUAGGGAGUGCUGCAGAUGGGCAGGGCUCCAGGGUAGGUCUCGGGGGCUCUGCAAACUCAGGGACCCCAGGGGCUCCUGGGGACAGAGGGGCUCCCAGUGGGGAGUGCAGGUCUGCAGACAAAGGAACGGGUGUGGGGGCUUCUGGCCGUCUUGAUGGCCGGGAGGCAGUGGAGGGGGACGCCUGGGCAGGGACAGCAGGUCUGGGAUCCAGACAUGAAGGGGACUUCGGGAAAGCAGGUGCAGGGACAGCAGGCAGGGGAGGAGCUGCUGGCCAGGGAGGACCAGGGCCUCAGGGAGCAGAGGGCUCACUGCUCGGAGGCGGGGGGGUGGCAGGAACGUCGGGGACAGGCACAGGGCAGGUUCUGGACGGAGGCCGGAUGCCUGGGCAGAGGGGCAAAUCUACGUCGGAGUCUGCAGAUGGGCCAGGGGUCCAUUGUGCUCGGGCCCCAGGCCAGAAAGACCAGGGGUCUGAACGGGGCCAUGCAGGAGCUAGGAGCCAGGCCCCCGGCUCCAGGGUGGAAGAUGCCACUUUCGAUGGGAGCCAGGAAGGGCUGGAAGGCUCCAGGGGCCGGACACGGGCUGCAGGCCAAGGAGAGGCUAGAGGGAGGCAAGGCCUGGGGUUGCUGGAGAGCAAAGGUUCAGGGCCUGGAAGGGACAGGACUGCUGGUGCAAGGGACUUGGACGGAGCCUGGAAUGGCCUGGAAGGUUCUUUUGGCAGCAAAGACUCUGGAGACAGAUCCGGGGGCAUCGGGGGCUCGGGUGGCCAGCUCAGCAGAGGGCAGAGAGGAGAAAGGGGGCCGCCAGAGGCUGAGAACAACAAGGCCCAAGGUCCAAGGGCCCUGAAGGAAGACAAGGGACAGGGAGAAGCAGAGUCUGGCAGAUCAGAUGGGAGGUCAGGUCCGUGCAGCUGCAGGCUCCAAACACGGUCGGGGGCCAAGGCCGGAGCUGCAGAGAGGCGAACGUUGGAUGAGGCCAGAGGCAGGGGACAGCGGCCCGACAGAGAGGACACAGAGCACUCUGGGGAGACUCUGCAUGAAGACGGGAGCUGGGAGCCCCCGAGUCAUCUGGGCAGCAGGAGAGGUGGCACAGGGGGCAGGUUGGAUGACGGUGGCCAAGGGAAGGAUGCCUCCCGGAGUCCCCGAUCCAGACGCAAGCCUGGCACUGGCGAUUUCUUCGAGGAAGCCCGAGGCCCCACGGGCCACUUCUCCCGAGGCCUGGCUGACACGGAAGCACAGCUGGGGGAGGCCGUCGUGCUCUCCUGUAUCCUCAGCCGGGACCUGGGACCGGGCGCCUGGUUUAAGGAUGGAGUCAAGCUCAGCACCCAGGACGGACUGGUCAUCCAGCAGGACGGCCUCAUGCACCGGCUCCUCCUCGAGCACGUGCAGGAGACCCAGGCCGGGAGGUACAGUUUCGUGGCCGGCGAGCAGGAAAGCAAAGCUACCCUGACCAUCCGAGAUCCCCCCAUCAUCGAUCCAGACGUGGCGAAGAGCCUGAAGGAGCCACUGGUGGUCAAGGCCGGGAAGCCGCUGACCGUGAAGAUCGCCUUCCAGAGCCGCCUCCCGGUCCAGGCUACCUGGACAAAGGACGGGGCCGAGGUGGAUGGUGCCAGCGGCAGAGGGGCCCAGGCGGCCCUGGGGGAUGGCUUCACCCGUCUGUGCGUCCCGAGCGCCACCAGGAAGGAUGGUGGCCUGUACAGCGUGACACUGAGGAGCAAGGGGGGCUCCGCGCAGGCUGAGGUCACCCUGCAAGUCAUAGACAAGCCUCAGCCACCGCAGGGCCCCCUGGAGGUUCAGGACUGCCGGGGGUCUGGAGUCAGCCUCAGCUGGCGGCCCCCACGGGACGAUGGGGGCCGGGCCGUGGAGCACUACAUAGUGGAGCGGCGGCAGGCGGGCCGGAGCACGUGGCUGAAGGUUGGCGAGCCCCCCGCAGGUAGCACCAGCUUCACAGAUGCCCAGGUGGAGCAGGGGAAGAAGUAUGCCUUCCGCGUGCGGGCCGUCACCUCCGAGGGGCCCGGGGAGGCCCUGGAGUCGGAGGAGGUGCUGGUAGCUCCAGAGGCGCGCCCCGGGCCCCCCUCGGCCCCGGCCAUCCAGUCGGCCUCUAGCAAGUGCAUCACCCUGACCUGGACGGCGCCUCGAGGCCCCGGGAGCGCCCACAUCCUGGGCUACCUGUUGGACAAGCGCAAGAAGGGCAGCAACACCUGGACAGCAGUGACUGAGCAGCCUGUGCUUGAGCGGAGGUGGACGGUGACCGACUUGAGGCCUGACUGCCAGUACGAAUUCCGGGUCACGGCCGUGGCUCCCUCCGGCCCCGGGCAGCCUGGGCCCCCGUCAGAUGCUGUCUUUGCUCGAGACCCCAUGAGACCCCCCGAGCCGGUGAGGGAUCUCCAGGUCACGGACACGUCGCACACCAGCAUCGCCCUGCGCUGGGCCCAGCCUGACACUCAGGACGGAGACGCGGCCCAGGGGUACGUGGUGGAGCUGCGUCCCGCGGACAGCCUCGAGUGGACCCCGUGCCACGUGGGCACCGUGCCUGGCACCACCUACACGGCCAAGGGGCUGCGGCCCAGAGAGGGCUACUUCGUGAGGGUCAUCGCCGUGAACGACGGGGGCCGCAGCCAGCCCACUGCCCUGGACGUGUUGGUACAGGCCAUGCCCACUCCCGUCUCUCCCAAGUUCCUCAUGGACUCCAGCACCAAGGACUUGCUGGUGGUCAGAGUUGGAGACACCGUCCACGUGCCUAUUCGCUUUGAGGCUGCCCCCCUGCCGGAGGCGACCUGGCUGAAGGAUGGCCUGCCUCUGUCGAAAAAAUGCGUGACCUCCACCAAGGAAGGCCUCACCCAGCUCCUGGUCCCCGUGGCCAGCCUCGCGGACAGUGGCAUCUACACCGUGGUGCUGAGAAACCUGCAGGGGCAGGAGGCCGUCUACACCUUCGUCAUCAGGGUGUCAGCCAAGCCGCAGGCGCCCGGGCCCAUCCGCCUGCAAGAGAACGUGCCAGGGACGGUGACAGCCGAGUGGGAGCCCUCUCCAGACGAGGCCCGGGGCAUCCCACUGCACUACACGGUGUUGACACGCUCCUCCGGGCACGGCCCCUGGCAGGAGGCGGCCGACCGCGUCCACACCAACCGCUUCACCCUGCUGGGCGUCGUUCCCGGCCACGAGUACCACUUCCGAGUGGUGGCCAAAAACGAGCUGGGGGCCAGCGAGCCCUCAGACACCAGCCAGCCCUGGUGCAUCCCCCGGCAGCGAGACACAGUCACGGUGAAGGCCCCCAAGUACCGGGAGCCCAACCUGAACCAGAAGCCUUGGUUCCUGGUGGGCCUGCGCUCCCACCUGCUGCCACCCGGCUGUCAGUGCUGCAUGAGCUGCGCCGUGAAGGGCUGGCCCCAGCCCCGUGUCACCUGGUUCAAGAACGGCGAGAGCCUGGAGGGCCACCCUGUCGUGUACAGCACCGACACGCUGGGCGUGUGCUCACUGGUCAUCCCCAGUGUGGCCCCCGAGGACAGCGGCCUGUACAAGGCAGUGGCUGAGAACUCGCUGGGCCAGGCUGUCAGCAUGGCCACCCUCAUAGUCACAGCUGUGAGCUCUCUGGCCCAGGCUGACCGUGACAUGGACAGCGGGGGCCAGCAGCUAGGGCUGGGGUCAGGGCCUGAGGAGCCCCCAGCAGCGGCCUCCCCCAGGGGACAGGACAACACNCGGCCUCCCCCGGGGGACAGGACAACAUAG